AUGAGUUUCAAACCCUCUUUCUUUCUUCAAUACAUUUUCUGUUCUUCUCUCUUUUUUUUUCUUCCCUCAUACACUUUGUCUUUUCUUCUCUCUCCCUUAAUAUAUAAUUUCUCCCAUAGCUCCUUUCUGUCUAUCACUCAUUUUUGUUCUUCUUUCUCAGAUUAUUUCACUUACUUUGUUUUCUCUUUUGCUCUCUUUCUCUCCAUUUUUUUUAAAUUCUUUCCUUUUUUUCUUUUCCUUUAUUUGUUCUUACUUUAUUUCCAUAUAACAAGCAAUUCUUUCUUUUUCAACCUAUUCUCUAUUUCAUACUUUGUCUUCCUCUCAUAUCUUUUUGCAAGUCUAUUCAUUCUUUUCUUUCUUUCUUUCUCUUGUCCUUCUUCCUAUUUUCUACAUCGUUCUGUCUUUCCUCCUUACAGCCCCUCCUCCCUACACCCUCUUCUUCAGUCACAUCUCUCAUCUUUCUACUCAUUUUCACUUGUCAACUUCUCUUUUGUACCAGUUUCACUCUUUCUGUCAUUUUUAUCUUCCUUCUCCUUUAGUCUCCCAUCUUUUUCUUUGUCAAUUUUUCUUCUCCUCCUCCUCCUCCUCCUCCUCACUCUACUAAUCUUUCUCUCUCACUCUGUUUUUAGUCCCAAAACAAAAAGGAACAAAUAUACAGCAAAAGGCUUUACUUCUCAAGCAUUCUUUUCUAUUGCCUUCCUUUCCCAAUCAUUUCAAUGA